GUGAACCCCGCCAUUCUGCCAGGGACGCGAACUAAAUUAUUAAGGAAUGCUGAAAAUGGGAUUACUCCUGCAUUUCUAACUCACGCAUCGCAAAAAUGUCUACAGUUCCGAGUACCACAGUAGCAUCGAAUCAUGAAGAGCACCAAUAUCUGGAGCUGGUGCGCGAAAUCCUUGACCAUGGCGAACAUCGACCAGACCGCACCGGAACUGGAACAUACUCUAUAUUUGCUCCACGUCCUCUAAAAUUUUCUCUCAACGCACAUGGCAGUCCCAUCUUGCCAUUGCUUACGACGAAAAGAGUCUUCUCGCGCGCCAUCAUCGCCGAACUACUCUGGUUUAUCAAAGGCGACACCUCGUCUCGCACCCUCAGCGACAUUGGUGUUAAAAUUUGGGACGGCAAUGGGUCCCGCGAAUUCCUGGAUAAUUUGGGCCUAACUGAUCGUGCAGAGGGCGACCUUGGCCCCGUUUAUGGCUUUCAAUGGCGGCAUUUCGGUGCUGAAUAUGUGGAUGCGCAGACCGAUUAUACGGGACAAGGCGUUGACCAAUUAGCGAGUAUCAUACAUAAGCUCCGCACGAACCCGUUUGAUCGAAGAUUGAUCCUGAGUGCGUGGAACCCGAAGGAUAUGUCGAAGAUGGUUCUUCCGCCGUGUCAUAUGUUUGCACAGUUUUAUGUUUCGUACCCAAGACAAAAGCAGAAGACUCCAUCACAAGCAACGUCACAAAAUGGAGAUAGUACUGCUGAGAAACCCAAGGGCCAUCUUCACUGUCAGCUGUACCAGCGAUCUUGUGACAUGGGGCUUGGUGUCCCGUUCAACAUUGCAAGUUAUGCCUUGUUGACCCACAUGCUCGCACACGUUUGCGAUCUGGUACCCGGCAGUCUGACCCAUGUUAUGGGGGAUGCACAUGUCUACCUUGACCAUGUCGAUGCGCUCAAAACGCAACUUGAGCGUGAGCCGAGGGAGUUUCCAGGAUUAGAGAUUACUCGCGAGAAGGGCGGCAGCAUUGAUGAUUGGAAGGCGGAGGAUUUUGUGAUCAAGGGAUAUGAUCCUCAUAAGUCCAUUGCGAUGAAGAUGUCUGUAUGAUACAUUAUUUACGAUAUUCUAGAAUAUUAUGCUAUAUGCUAGUUAUUUCAAGUAGUUUGAUCGAUUAUCAAAAAAUAAAUUUAUACGCGUCGUGAUUCACGUG